AUGAUCGGUCAGGAGCUGGGAGUCGCUCAUCGACAAACGAUGCGUCGAACGCUCUUAGUUCUCGUCGUGUUCGCUGCAUACGAUCAGGUGCAAUGCCGCGAAGCCCGAGCUCGCUGCCUGCAUCAGGUUCGAACGCCGAGCAAGUGCUUCGCAGAAGGAACGUGCGUGCUCCACGCGAGGCUCACGCCUUCCGAAAAAUCGACUGAGUUCUAUUGCUGUAAGCACGGUUUCACCAGCAGCAACAAUCAAUGCGUGGACAUCGAUGAAUGCAAAGCAGUUCCGCCGCUCUGCGAACACACCUGUCACAAUCACCCUGGAACCUACUCGUGCGGAUGCGGUGAGGGAUCUGCGUACGAUGACGCCACCGGAGCUUGUAUCAAAGUCAGUGUGUGCUCAGCGCUCAACUGUAGCCAUUCCUGUACUUAUAAUCAGGAGGGUCCUGUUUGCGACUGUCCGAGGGGAUUCGUCCUGGAGUCCGGUAAUAAAUGCAAAGCCGUGGAGAAAAUAUGUCCGACCGGAUACCACAUGGAAUACGAUAGCCAUACGUGUCGGGUGAUGGGAGAUGCGCCGCAGAUGAUUUUCGAGUACGAAGGUCAAGCAUACGAAUACCCGCUGCGCGAGGAAUCUCAACUGAAGAAGAUGGUCACGGUGGAGGGUGUAGUCAACUCGAUUUUCUACGAAUCUCGGAAGAACCUCGCAUACUUCGCUGGCAAACAGCUCACCGUGUAUAAUUUCAGCACCACACCUCCCGCCAGCACCGUGCUAAGCCUUCCUUCCUACGCGAUCAGUCUUGCGGUGGACUACGUGAACGACCACGUAUACGUGCUUGAUGAGUCUUCAUUGGACCUAUGGUCGAGCAAAGACGAUAAAUUUACAUUGUUGGGAACACUCAUCGAACACGAUGGCUCCAUGACUUCUCUCGCGAUCGAUCCCGGGAAAGCGUGGCUAUUCUACUCGUCGAUCGGCGUUGUUGUCCGAGCCCGGCUGGACGGACGAAAAUUCUCAGAUCUAUUUCGAUUUUACGACCACGUCGAUACCGAGGAUGUCACGAGCGAAGUUCUCGCGAUCGACAAUAUCGACCUCAAUGAUAUCUUCGUGUUCUACGCUGUGAACAAGAAUAUAUUCAGCUUUGCCGUUGACGGCAAACAGAGCUUGUGGGUGACCGACAGUCUUCCGGGAAACGUUGCUUUUAUGGAUGUUUUUGAGGAUUUCAUCUAUUACACGAUGGAAGGGAUCGACGGAAUCCAUUCACGGACAAAGGACGGUCUCAAAGCUCCCAUCACUUUCUUCAUGGGACAGGGGGUGCGCGCUAUCUACGUGAAUCAUCACUAUCGACAGCAGGACGAUAUUUCGUGGAGAUGCAGUAAGAAAUGUGACCAAAUCUGUUUCCGUGACGUGGCCGACUCCGCGCGGUGUAGUUGCACGUCGGACUACGUUCUGGGUCAGGAUAAGAGCUCAUGUUUGCCUGUCAAGCCCGCAGAACCGGUGAGCCCUCUCGGAACUCCGAGUCCCCAGAUAGAGAGCCGAGAGGAUUCUGACGCGCUGUGGGUGACGACGACGUCAACGUCGUAUAAUGCCUUACUCCUUGUCGCAUGCAUUCUUCUCGUGAGCGUUUGCGUUGUCCAAUCUCUACUCGUGUGGUGGUUCUACCCUCGAAGGAGAUACUCGCGUGGAUUGAGUGCAUCGUUCGCAACUAGCUUGGACGGAGGCAGUAGUUGCGUGGCUCUGGACUCCGUGAGGGAUCUUCAGAGCUGAUGCUAUCCUGAGAAGCCCUUUCGAAAGGUCCGCCACCGAAUGUCGGGCCCUCUCGUUCAACCUUGACG